CAAAUCGAAAAAAGUAAAGCGUUCACACCAUUUUCCUCAUUGCAAAAUCCCAACCUCAUUACCACAAUUGCGCUUCAUUUACCGCGGCCACACACUUAUCCAAAGAGAGUUUGCGAUCGUCGCUUCAAUGGGAUUCUUGCAUAUUCAUUCACUGGCUCUCGGUGUUAUUGCUACGAUCUAAUUUCAGGUCUCUUGGAAUCGUCAUUCCAUGAAAAUUCGGGGUAUUAG